AUCAUUUUUAUAUAUAAGAUUUAUUAGACGAGAGAUUUUUCUCCUCUAUCUUCCUCAGCGCUCGCUUCUCUUGCAGACGCACUUGGAUUCUCCCUUUCUUCAGAAUCUACAUUUUCUUGUAUUCUCAUAGGUAUGGCGACAGCCGUGGUAGACUCGUCGACCGACCCAACCAAGUCUCAACUUGACGUCAAGCUCUUCAAUCGCUGGAGCUUCGAGGAAGUUCAAGUUAAUGAUAUCUCUUUGAGUGAUUACAUUGGUGUUCAACCUUCCAAGCAUGCAACCUAUGUACCACACACUGCUGGGCGAUACUCGGUAAAGCGUUUUAGGAAGGCUCAGUGCCCAAUUUUGGAGAGACUUACUAACUCAUUGAUGAUGCAUGGUCGAAACAAUGGGAAGAAGCUUAUGGCAGUCAGGAUUGUGAAGCAUGCCAUGGAAAUUAUUUAUCUCCUGACUGAUCAGAAUCCAAUUCAAGUCAUCGUUGAUGCUGUUACCAACAGUGGGCCUCGUGAGGAUGCUACUCGUAUUGGUUCUGCUGGUGUUGUAAGGCGUCAAGCUGUUGAUAUUUCUCCGCUUCGUCGUGUGAAUCAAGCCAUUUAUCUCCUUACCACUGGUGCUCGUGAGUCUGCAUUCAGAAACAUUAAGACCAUAGCUGAAUGUUUGGCCGAUGAGCUGAUUAACGCCGCAAAGGGAUCAUCUAACAGCUAUGCCAUCAAGAAGAAGGACGAAAUUGAGCGUGUUGCCAAGGCCAAUCGUUGAGGAAUUGGAAGGAGCUUGCUUAAUCUAUGGAAGUGGACAAUUAAGUAGUUUUAAUCAGUACUUUAUGAGUUACCUAUUUUGUCUCCUGGACGUGGUAUGAUUGUGUUGGUUAUUUAAAUUGACAAGUUACUUUGUGAUGAAAAUGGGUUUUCAGUAGAGAUAUUAUUGAAGAAACUUUUUCUCUCACGGUAAAA